CGAGAAGGAGGUGAUCGGAAAUCCAGAUGCCUCAAGGACCAGCAGAAGGGUCAAACUAACGCGUGCACACACACACACACACACACACACACACACACACACACAGAUAGAAAGCGCUCCAUCUCCUCUCCUGCUCCCUCUUUCACAGACGUCGGGACCUCGGUGGCUUUACAAAUCAGCAAACAUCCACGGGACUAAAACAUCAACUGGAUACUUUUUUGAUGCCUGUUUUUCUCGUAAAACUCUUGAGACUUUCCAGCCUGCAGUGAGAACUGAAGGAAUUGUUUGGAGGUCUCUUUUGUAUUUUUAUUCUUUCCCUUUUCUGGAAGAAUUUCCAGGUGUAUUAAUGGCGUAAGCAGUCAGACAGCCAUCCGGUCAUGGCGCUGUGGUGGUGCGCCAACGUCUUCUGCAGGUUGGCUGCAGCGUGGUUUCCCCUGCUCUUCUCAUCACUGCUAUGGCAAACGAUCUCCCCCGUACAUGCCAUUGCACCCUGCCCACGGAGCUGCAGCUGUCCAGGCAUUAAAGAGGUCCACUGUACGUUCAGACACCUCACCACCGUACCAAAAAUCUUCCCUAAAGACACAGAGAGGCUCAACCUCGGUUAUAACAGCCUGACAGAGAUGGCGGGGUCAGAAUUCAGGUCACUACGGCAACUGGAAAUGCUCAUGUUGCAUGGCAACGACAUUAGCUCAGUCCACCCUGGGGCAUUUUACAGCCUGAGAUCACUACAGAUCUUGAAGUUGAGUUACAACAAGCUAAAAUCGGUGAACCCCGGUCUGUUUGAGGGCCUUGCUGGUUUGAUCCGUCUUCAUCUGGACCACAACCUCAUUGACUUUAUAGAGCCAUACUCCUUCUCUGGCCUGAGCUCCCUGAAACUCCUGCAGCUGGAGGGGAACCUUCUCAAAGAGAUCCACCCUCAUACCUUCAUAACGGUGUCACUACUAGGAAGCUUUUGGACCUCUGGACUCAAACACUUACAUCUGUCGGACAAUCUGUUGGAGCAGCUUCCUGCCGCAGUGCUGAAAACAGCUCCCCGGCUUGAGAUCCUCUCUCUACACGGUAAUCCCUGGGCCUGUGACUGUCAGCUCCACUGGUUGAUAGAAUGGAGCUCCACACAUGAAGGCGUUAUAAAAUGCAAGAAGGAACGUGGCUCCAGUGAAACUUGCCCCCAGUGCUCCUCUCCUCAACCCCUGAAUGAGACCCAUUUGCUAGGACUGACUCCAGCCAAGCUUACUUGUGAGCGACCAGCUCUUCGCUCGGCCCUCAAACAGUGGGACAAUCCUGUGUGGGCUGAAUCUGAAUCAGAACCUGACCUUCCGUACACCCGUGACUUUGAGAAGCCUUUAGGCCAUCUGACCGUCGUUCUCUCUGACAGCCAUGGAAACAGUGCUCACGUGGCGUGUGAUGUGCGACAACCCGGAGGCAGUUCACCCAUGACUUGGACAGUAAAUCCACAGUCACCUGGCGAGUUAUCCGUCAAUGUAUCACUAGUGACUGUCCUCGAGUGUGAAAUUGAUCGGGAGCAGUUGCAAAAUCUAUGGCAAUUGGUCGCAUAUUACUAUGAAAGCCCUGCUAUCUUGGAGAGAGGUCAGCUGAGAGGAAAUGCAAGCGGAGUAACCUAUCAAUAUGUCCAAGCCGUAAAUGAAAAUUCCCCAUAUUUCACUGAAUUAAAAGGGUACUUGGUAGCAGAACCCUCAUGGCUGCUCCAACCCAGAGUCACUUUGAGGCUCAACAGACCGCAGACAACAACCAAGAAACUGGUUAUGGAUUUCACUACUGUAAUUACCAAGCACAUCAACAGCUAUAGAGGAUCGGAAGAUGACAAUGACCUAGCCAUGUCCUGGGCUGUAAUUCGCAGAGGGACAGCAGGACGGGUUCAGACUGCUCUUGAAGGUUCAAAGGUUAAUUUGGAGUGCAGUGUUGUCACUUCAGAUCCGGAGAUGAAAGUGGAGUGGAUGCUUACAGAUUUGUCCAUUGUGGAAGAUGCAACUGACAAAAUUGAAAUUUCUGAAAGAGGAGAACUUGUGAUUUUGAAUGCCACACAGUCAGACUCAGGCCUUUACCAUUGUAUGGUGAGGACCAAAGCCGGUGUGGACUUGAUACCUCUGAGACUCACCAUCAAAGAACUCUCACUCAGCCCAACAGCUUUCAAUGGUCAGAAAAUUGUAGUUGAAAAGGGACACUCUUUUUUUCUCCCGUGUGAGGUGAUCUCAGUCCAGCCCAGUCAAACUAUGUGGUACCUACCCAAAAACCAAAUUCUUCUUCCAACGCAACAGACAAGACGGACAGAAGUGAUGGAAAAUGGGACUUUGGUGGUAAGGAGAUUGACACAGGAAGAUGCAGGGGAAUACACCUGCCUGGCCUCAAAUCUGUAUGGAGUUGACAUGAUAUCACACCUGGUGGAAGUUACAGGAGGAGAAAAGUCCUCUGAUACAUCCAAAGUGCAGACUGCGGAAGAGCAGCAGGUUUUGCCAGUUGGCGUUGAGGAAGGAGAGGGUUCUGGGGGAGAUUACCAGGAAAUUAUACGUCCUUUUGCUACGCAGUUCCCUAAGAAGGUAGGAACUCAACAAAGGAAUCAUAAUGGGUUUUCAAAGAGGAUAAGAAUUAAAGAUUCAAAGAGAAAACCCAAUAAAUCUGUGAAAGAAUUAGAUCCAAAUCGUUGGGCAGAGAUAUUGGCUAAAGCUAAUGCUAAACCAAGUGUUGCUCUGCCCACAGAGCAGUCACUUCCAGAACCCAGCACUGUAACUAUCCAAACAAGUACAUCCAAACCCACUACGACAACUGCUACAACAAUUUCCACUAAUGCUAACAACUUACACCCUACUACUACCCCUCCCGAUAUCAGGAUACAGACAACUUUUUUCCCCAUCAACACAAAAGCUAAGACUGAAGCCUACUCUACAGAGAAAAAAGGGGCUGACUCUGAGACAUCGGAAAGGCAGCCAGAGGUUUUCCAACUUCCGCCUCCCAGAAGUAUUGAACCAACCCCCCACCGUGUUGGUGGGAUGGCAGAAAAAGUCGAAACAGUCACAGACUUUCCUGCUGUUGGAACUCAUCAGCCAGAUCAGUCAGAAAUUAAGCACUCUGGAGAGGGGAGAAGGAACAACAUCCUCAUUCCUGGUCAUACAAACAGAAGAAGGCCUCCUUAUAGGCGUAGAAAGCCCCCAAUGAGAAGAGUCCGUCCGCACGGACACCCCUUUUACCAUUCAUCAAACAAGCCCCAAACAACAGUUCCCCCAACAACAACCAUCAGACCAACAACACCAACACCAACAACUACUACUACAACUACUACUACGACUACUACUACUACUACUACGACGACAACAACAACAACUGCUCCAACAACAGUGGAGAACCAUGACAUCUUAUCUGCUGAGUAUCCGACAGAGGAAGAUGAAGGUGAAUACUAUGAAGAAUAUAAUUACAAGGAUAGUGGUAGUUUUGAUGCCAAGGAAGAUUUAAACAGUGAAACCCCUCAUGCUACUCAUGAUCUUGACAGUAGGCUUACCACAUUACCAGCUAAAGAGAAAGAUGUAGGUAGUUCUCCACUCAAUCCAAAGAUGAUUGUCAAUUCAAAGCUCGACAGUACUCCUCAUCCAACUGAAAGGCCUGUUGAAGAGAAGGAGACAGACACUGUGAAGCUUAAGGAAUCUGAGAGACAGAGUGUGGAGAUUAGAACGCAAACUGAAGAAAAGGGCAGAGACAAUGAAGAUUUUGCAGCAGAGAGUGAGAGGGAGGUAAUAAGAGCAAUGGAAAGGGAAGAAACACACAAAAUAGACACAGAAGGCAGUGACAAAGACACAGAAGAAUCAAAACAGACGUGGGUUACAGAGAGCUACAAUACACAAGAUAGCAUCCGGUUAACCACACAAAAUAGACCAAAACCUAACACUCGACCUUCACCGGAACAAAAUACACCAACCCAACCAAGAACUUCAUCUACCUCACAUUCAACAAGAGGCAGAGAAAAAGAACUCACACAGAAAGAGGAUAAAGACGUAAACAAGCCGAAGGUAAAGCCUGAGGUCCACAGUUUCCCAGUAAUGGAGCCUGUUCACCCCUGGCUCCAUCAGAUCAAACAGGGAGGAGGGCAAACCCCUGCAUCCAGGACAACACACACAAACCAAAACAGAAAUAUAGCAAGGCAAAGCGAAGUGAAUCCGGGCAGGCAUUCCCAGCCUCCUAGAGUCCCCCCGACCUCCCGCUGGCCACACCAUCGUUACUACCCACUCUAUCCUUCCAGGCCUGGUCAAAGGUCAUUUCCUCAUCCAAGGCAAGGUCCUUGGUCCCACCCUGUGCCUACGCACCGACCCUGGGCUCUCCCCCACCCCUGGGCUCAAAGCCCGGCUGUCACCAACCGACCCGAGAUCACUGCAGAAACAGUGAAGCCCACACCUACACUCUCUGGAACAACAGGAAAUUCCAGAGUUACACUCUCUAAUGCCCAUCUGUCACAUCAUCAUCACCAACAACAAAAUCAUCAUAUGGAUGGCAGGACCCAAACCAGAGACCAACUGUUUCUAUCAAGGUUGAGGAACAGAUACAGACAGGCGCAGCUCGAACGCAUCGCUCAGUUAGGGAGGAUGAUGACUCCCAAACCUCGCAUUAGCUACCACAAUCCAUCCCCCAUCACACUUAAACCCAACCCUCCAUCUCUACAUAGACCCUACAACCCUAAACCACCAGCACCCACUGCUUCUUACACUUACAAGCUGCAACCUCUGAACCCUGCUAAACCUUCAUCAUCACCAUUCUUGGGUUUUCACACCACCCCUGGUGUACCGUAUGGAGGUCGGUGGGGUGUUGGAGCAGGAAGAAUCAGCUCUCGGUGGGCCACAGCUGCACCUCCUUUCCCAUGGGUGUUGGGAGUUGGAAGUGGUGGGCUAAAGGCCCGUAUUACCACAGUGACCACAGCUAGUGUGUCAGUACUGGCGGAGAGUGAUAUGUUCCUGCACUGCAAAGCAACAGGGAAUCCUGAACCCAAUAUUGCAUGGACCAAAGUCUCCACAGGUGCCACCAUCGCAGCAGACACCAAGCAUGGCCCCCGUUUUGAAGUCUUCAAAAAUGGAACGUUUGUCAUUAAAAACAUCCAGCUCCAGGAUAGAGGCCAGUACCUCUGCACGGCCCAGAACAGCUUUGGAUCAGAUCGCAUGGUCAUCACCUUAGCUGUCCAGACUGAGGCACCAAAGAUCCGGCCACCCAAGUCUAUAGAGAUAGCAGUCUACUUUGGGAAAAGUGUGACUCUUGACUGCCUUGCUUCGGGUAAACCACCUGCCCAGAUUUCCUGGAUUCUUCCGGACAGGACAUUUGUGCGUGAAGUCGGGACUGUUCCCACGCCCCUUUCUCCGAUGUCUCUGCUUCAAAAUGGAACCCUGCAAAUGCACUCUCUCAAUUUCUCCAGCAAAGGGGACUAUAAAUGUAUCGCAAGCAAUGCAGCAGGUGCUGAUACAAUCACUUAUCAUCUCCAUGUGGCCGCUCUGCCGCCUAGCAUCAGUGAAGGAGCAAUGGAUACUGUGAUCAUUCAGCCAGGCAGGAGUGUGUAUGUUCACUGCUCUGUGAAGGGCGAACCGGUGCCUGCUCUGAAAUGGACGCUCCCGGGAGGCGGCCAUGUAAAACCGUCACAGUUUCUUGGACGCAGGCUGUUUGUCUUCCCCAAUGGGACGCUGUAUGUGAAGAAUGUUUCACCAGCUGAUGCUGGGAGGUAUGAGUGUUUGACCACUAAUGCUGUAGGUAUGGCUAAAAGAACUGUCCAGCUGGAGGUGAGGGCAGAUUCCCCCUCCUUCUCCCGCCAGCCUCCUCCUCCUCUCCCCAUCCCUCCAAUCCAACGCCAUGGUGUGCCAUCCCAACAGCACUCUGUCUCAGCUAUGUACGGUUCUGCUGUGUACCUGCACUGUCCAGAGUCCACUGGAUCCACAAGAGGGACCAUCUGGCAGCUACCCUCCAAGACCAUCAUGGAACAUCGAUACAGUCCGGAGAGACCAAUUAAAGUUUUCCGUAACGGGACUCUGAGGAUACUUCAGCUGACAGAGCUGGAUGGUGGAAAUUAUCUGUGUGUCUUUCAGCGGCCCAAUGGGGAAGACAUGGAGCUCUUCCAGGUGGAGGUGUUAAUGACCCCUCCCAGAAUUGAACAAGUGAGGACUGCACAGACCAGGGUCACCUUUGGAGAAAAUUUCCAGGUGGAUUGUGUUGCAACAGGCCUCCCUGAUCCAGAAGUUACUUGGAGUCUCCCAGAUGGAACUUUAAUCAACAAUGCCCUUCAAUCGGACGAUAGCGGCCUUCGCAACCGCCGCUAUGUUAUUUUUGGCAAUGGGACUUUACUUCUCCAGCAAAUGGGAAAAAGAGAUGAGGGUGACUACACUUGCUUUGCCAAGAACAGACUUGGCAAGGAUGAAAGAAAAGUUAGCGUCAAAGUGGGGCCGAACGCUCCGAAAAUUACAUUGAAAUCACAAUCACUGGUUACAGUAAAGUUAGGAGAAUCAGCUAAGUUGAGCUGUCAGGCAACAGGUGAACCUACACCAAAAAUCAUGUGGAUCUCACCCAGGAAUGAUGUGAUAUCUUUGUCAUCAGACAAAUUUCAGAUCAUGGAUGAUGGGAUGUUGGUGGUUAAAAAAGUAAUACUGGCCGACGAAGGGAAAUACGCAUGUGUGGCACGGAAUUCUGCUGGUGAUGAUGUCAAAAACAUGAAACUAGAAGCUGAACUCCAGGAACCCUUCAUUAAUGGCAUGAAAGGAAGAAGCACGACAAAGGUUUUGGCUGUUUCUUACCAAACAUCGCUCCUAAAUUGCAAAGUGGAAGGGAAACCCGAACCAAGAGUCUGGUGGGUUACUCCUUAUGGUCAUUCCCUCCCAACACCCUACCUGGGCGGUCGCUUCCAAGUCCACCGGAACGGGAGCUUGGAGCUGAGAGGGGUGAGAAAAACAGAUGAAGGGAGGUACAUUUGUCUGGCCAAAAACAAUCUGGGUGAAGCCUCACUUUUGGUUGAAUUAGACGUGACAUCAAUAGCCGAGAAACCAAGUUUUACUGUUCCCAAUAUUGAAAUCUUACCAAUAAAGCAAGAUGGUGGGGAAUUGAUUCUGGAGUGCUCCGCACGUGGCAAGCCGAACCCAGAGUUUGCAUGGGUUCUACCCAAUGGGACGAUGUUAACACCUGGUGUUAGACUCCAACGCUUCACACAUCAUCUGGGUAACGGAACUCUAAAGAUUUCUCAACCGGUUGCAAGUGAUAAGGGAGUGUACCGGUGCCUUGCAAAAAAUGUGGCAGGACAAGCAGAGAAACGUUAUGCGCUGGAGUCGGGCAGAAAGCCAGUGAUCAGAGGAUCUACAGGUGGUAUGAAGAUCACUUACGGACUUAAUCUCAACUUGCCCUGCACAGUGGAUGGCUGGCCGCAGGCGUCAAUCACAUGGACCCUACCUAAUGGUCUUGUUUUGGACAAACCUCAAACCAUUGGCCGGGUAUUUUUUUUUGCCAAUGGGACCCUCCAACUCAGGCAGGUCGCCACCUUCGACAAAGGAACAUACAUCUGUAAAGCCUCCAACUCUUUCGGCUCGUCAACACUAUCCUACCCAGUUGCAGUCAUGGUUUUCCCACCACGCAUCACCAAUACGCUGACCUCAAUUACAAGGGUCCACCGGGGAUCACCAGUGAAGUUAAAUUGUGUUGCGACUGGUAUUCCUAAACCGGAUAUUUCGUGGACGUUGCCUGGACGCACAACGCUGGUUCCACAUAACCGGUUCACAGUGCAGGGAGGGAUUCACAUGACAGAGGAGGGCAGUCUGGUCAUACAGAACCCCAUGCUCAUGAACUCUGGCAUUUACAAAUGCAACGCUAGAAACGCACUCGGCACAGACUUUAAAUCUACUUACCUACAAGUGGUCUGAGUGACAGUUACAAGUAUUUUAUUGGGAAAAUGUCACAGCAGAAGUAGGACCGGAUUUUUCCGUCAGGAUUUGAAUAUUCUGCAUAGUAAAGAUACUCUGGAGAGAGACUUAAACUGUCUGACUGGCAGCUUGGCUUGAGACACCUUGCAAAGCAGUUUCCACAGAACAUUGAUGUUUCAAAUGUUUCAAAUAACGUUCACCUUUUGUGAUUUUUAACUGCAUUUUUUUCUUUUUUAUAGUGCAAAUGUUGCAGAAGUCUACAUUUUGGACCUUGAAGUGUAUUUUCACUUUUCAAACAGCCAUAUUAACUCACUGCUCAAAGCUUUGCCUUUCUGGCCUUACCCUGUGUAUUAGCGAAUGACGUACUGUAUGUAUCAAUGUCCUUUAUUCGUGUUCAUAGUGGUGGGAAAUUAAUAGCUCAUAAUAUCUACUUCGUGAGCUCAGUUGAGCGACACCGAAACAAAACGAAGGGGAACUUACCAAAAAAUAUGUAAGUACAUAAUUUAUAAAAAAUAAAACA